UGUGUUUGCGUGUGAGAAAAAUCCCCAUAGACAUAUACAGGGCAUAUACAGUAACACAAACCCAGCCGGUGCCAGGAUGCCUGCAGACUUCAAUGGACAAUGGGUGAUGGUCACCAACGAGAACUUUGAGGAUAUCAUGAAUGCCAUUGAUAUUGACUUUGCCACCCGUAAGAUCGCCCGUCACCUGACCCAGACCAAGGUGAUCGUCCAGAACGGAGACAAGUUUGAGACCAAAACUUUGAGCACCUUCAGGAACUACGAGGUCAACUUCACCGUUGGGGAGGAGUUUGAGGAGGUCACUAAGGGACUGGACAACAGGACAAUCCAGAGAGAGUGUGUUCUUCAGACACUGGUUACCUGGGAUGGAGACAAGUUGGUGGCUGUGCAGAAGGGAGAGAAGGCCAACCGUGGCUGGAUGCAAUGGAUAGAAGGAGACCUGCUACACCUGGUGACUGAGAGAAAGAUGGAGGGAGGGGGAUUAGAAAGAGAAAAGAGAGAGAGAGAAAUGUCCUAGACUUCAACUUCAACAUACAGAACAUUACAGAUUCUUCAUACCUAAGACAACAGAAGCUCCAUACCUCUCAAACUCAACUCUGGAACUCGAAGCCAGUUCCACGGCAUUUUUUCAUUGUUCCCCUCUAAUUAGGGACUGAAUUAGACCUGGGGCACCAGGUGUGUGCAAUUAAUUUUCAGGUAGAACAGAAAACCAGCAGGUUCUGGACAUCGUAGUGUAAGAGUUCAGUACCCCUGACAUAUAGACUGCAUCUGAAAUGGCACCCUAUUCCCUAUAUCAGGGGUGUCAAAGUCAUUCCACGGAGGGCCAAGUGUC